AUGAGCACGGCGACGGUGGCGGCAGGAGUGCCCAAGAGCGAUUGGUCUCUGCCUACCCGACCGGGUCUGCAAAUCGAAGAUGAAAACGAGUAUGCGGGGGCAGCGAACGCAGCGCCGGUUCUGUAUGUGGAGGAAGCGGAGCACUUUGUGGAGAGCUUGCGAGAGUUCUCUAUUGAAGAGAUUGGGAACAGCAGCUGGUUCGAGCAAAACCGCCGACUGGCCAAGCUCAACCUUCAGGCGCACCAGAGUGCGAUGGCGAGAUCCGACGAGUACGUCCUCGAGGCCCUCCUGACGUUCGACAAGCUAGGCGUCAUCGUGCACGAGCUGCUGGCCAUCGAGGCGUGGAAGGAGUUCGUUCUUCCCCGGCUGCUGGAGACGGAGCGAGCAAGGUCGGGCAAGUGCACGAUGCGGCUCUACUUCACCCUCUACCACGAGGCCACCCUCGCGAACCUCCUGCAGGUCGCCUUGUUCCACGGGCACAUCUGCGAGCAGGCGGGAGGAGACCUGCUCAUGGAGCUCGCCGACUACUGCGCUCGCAAGAUGACCAUGCUUAUCUCCGGGCGGGCCUCGAGCAAACCGCGGAGCCCCGUCGGCGGGAGCGCCCGGGAGGUGGCGAAGGACAUAGAGGAAAGGCUCGCUAAGCUCUCUCCGGCGGAAGAGGUCCGGGGCUACCAGGAGGAGACGGAGUUCCGGGUGUGCGUGACGGCAGUGGCCCUCCUCCGCUUCCUGUGCGAGCACCUGUACCGCCUUCCCCUCGGGGUGAUGACGAGAGUGCUGGACACCCACGACGUGCUUCUCGGCCUGGUUAUCCUGGUUGAGAACCCGCCUUGGACCAGGCGGACAGAAGAGGGCACCUGGCAGAAGUUCGUGGACUUGGAGUGGAGGACCGUGGCGGCCGCCGACCUGCUGCAGGUCACCAAGACCGAGGGACAGGCAAGACAAGACUGUUCGUUGCCUGCAGUCUGGCUUGCCAUGUACCACCUCAUGUGUGAGGAGGAGUGCCGGAAGCGGUACCACUUCAACUCCUUAAGAAAGAACAACAUUCUCAGGGUUCGGAAGUACCUCAACGACAUCCUGCUGGAUCAGCUGCCGGUGCUGGCUGCCGUACAAAGGUACAUGGACGAGCUCACGAUCAUGGAGGUCCCAGAACCGCCCAGCAUGGGCACGACGGGCAGCCUCCUGAUGGAGCAGAUCCCUAAGGUGCGCCAGAGCCUCACGCGGGGCCACGAUUGGGACGCCCUAGCUCUCAGGGCCACGUCGAAACCACCGGCUAGCGGGGGGAGCGGCGGUGCCUUCUGCACCUACGAUGACGCCGAUGACCCCGACGUCAAGAGCGCCGCUGCCCUCUUCUCAGCCGGGCAGCAUGAGGAUUGGGGCGGCGGGGCGGGGGAGGGUCAGCUUGAAGAACGCGGCGCUGUCGCUGCUUCUGCGGGAAAGGCGGCGGCGAUGGAGGCCGUGCGGGCGGCAAAGGCGGAGGCCGGAGCCUCGCGCGAGAAGGGUUGGGGAGGGGGCAGCGGCGGCACCGGCGGAUGGGGCGGUGAAGCGCCGGCCUCGUCGGUCCACGCAUAGUAUACAUGUAGCAAUCGAAUGAUGUGCAUAUCAUACCCUCUCCAAGGGUGUGAGACGAAACUUUUUCAUUUUGUUUUUUCCAAGUGUACAGGGUUUUGCGGAAUUGACUUUCAUAGUGUUGUCGCUGCCCCGUAUGCUGGCUGCGCACAGAUGGACGGUCUUGUAUUCACAACUCACGCUGCUGCCUGAGUCCACGUUUGUGGAUUCGAAUGCUGGUAUAUGACACAUAUUUAGCUGGAAUUCGUGUGUUGUGCAGAGAGAGAAGCUAGAGUACGAGCUGCGCUCCCAUGGUUUGCCGAUGUCGCACACCAGAGAGUGACAUGUUUCUACUUUUUUUUCUCGACAUUUAACCGUGCUGUAUGCUUUAAUGGGUUUUGGCUUGCAUCUCCACAAUCAUCCUCACUUGACCGUACCUCUGGCAUCGUGUCAUUCUUGCGCUGUUGGUUCGGCGUCGGCCGGUCCAUCGGCAACUCGCUAGAAAAUUCCGGUAUUAUUCUGUCGUCCAGGCCUUUUUUUUAUUGUUCUCAUGUGUGUGUGUGCGUGAUCCCGGCCGGUGCGUC